AUGGAGCCGCGCGAGGAGGACCGCGGGGACGGAGAGGACUGCGUGGACCAGGAGGACUGCGUGGACCAGGAGGACUGCGGGGACGCGGUGGCCGCCUGGUGGGACAUGGUCGGGAGGAACGUGCGAUCUAUUCCACAAUGCUGUGAAACACUCGGAAGAAAAAUUGCCACUCAGUACAACAGCUUUACCAGUAAACCAUUAAAAGAGCACAUUUUCCCUCCUCUGAUGGACAUGCUAAUUUAUUUUAAUUUUUUCAAAGCACCGUUUCUUGUGGACUUAAAGAAGCCGGAGUUAAAGAUGCCUCACACAGUGAACUUCUAUAUCAAGGUUGAGCCUGGGGUGAUUCUGGGAAUCUGGCACACAGUUCCCAGCUGCCGGGGGGAAGAUGCUAAAGGGAAGGACCGUUGCUGGUACGAAGCAGCCCUUCAUGAUGGCAACCCAAUUAUUGUCUAUCUUCAUGGCAGUGCCGAACACAGGGCAGCUCGUCACAGGCUUAAUCUAGUAAAGGUGCUGAGCGAUGGUGGCUUUCACGUCUUGUCUGUUGACUACAGAGGGUUCGGGGACUCUACGGGUAAGCCCACAGAGGAGGGACUGACUGCGGACGCUAUUUGUGUUUAUAAGUGGACCAAGGCAAGAAGUGGCUCCACCCCCGUGUGCCUCUGGGGCCACUCUCUGGGUACAGGAGUUGUAACGAAUGCCGCAAGAGUCCUGGAAGAGAAAGGAUCCCCAGUUGAUGCUAUUGUUCUGGAAGCUCCAUUUACCAACAUGUGGACUGCAAGUAUCAAUUAUCCCUUGUUAAAGAUUUAUGAGAAACUUCCAGGAUUUUUACAAACACUUAUGGAUGCUCUGAGAAAAGACAAAAUAGUCUUCCCUAACGAUGAAAAUGUAAAAUUCCUGUCUUCCCCCAUCCUCAUCCUUCAUGGCGAGGAUGACAGCACAGUGCCUUUGGAGAUUGGAAAACAGCUCUAUGAAAUUGCACACAAUGCAUACAGGAACAAAGACAGGGUCAAGAUGGUGAUCUUUCCUCCUGGCUUCCAACACAACCUGCUUUGUAGGAGCCCCACCCUGUUAAAAACCGUGAGAGAGUUCCUGAGCCAGCAGUGGGCGUGA